AUGGGCAGCUUUAAAGUGGAGUCUGAGAAGAAAGCUGCGGGUUUAUUGGAGCUGGGUACGGUCCUCCGAGCGGGGAGCGCCCCCGCGGUGACCCGUGACCUCCGAGUGCUGCGCAACCUGAGGGCCCUGGAGGAAAGCAACCCGGUCUCCCCCUCCAUCUUCAGCAGAGUGCAGACAGACAUCCUGCCGUACAUGAGGAAACUACUCACAGUGUGGAUGUUUGAGGUGUGCGAGGAGCAGCUAUGUGAGGAGGAGGUGUUUCCCCAGGCGGUGCAUUACCUGGAUUGUUACCUGAGCCGCUUCCCCAUUGAGAAGAUGCACCUGCAGCUGUUAGGUGCAGUUUGCAUGUUCCUGGCCUCCAAAAUGAGAGAGACCGUCCCCAUGACUGCCAGCAAGCUGUCUGUCUACACAGACAACUCUGUGUCAGUCUCAGACAUCCUGCAGUGGGAGGUGGCAGUGGUGUCCAGGUUAGAUUGGUGUCUGGCCUCCGUUGUACCCUCUGACUUCCUGGAGCCAAUUCUUCAUGCUCUCCCUUUCGUUCGGGCCCCCCACCUUCAGAACAUCCGCCGGCAUGUCAACUCCUACGUGGCUCUGGCAGCCACGGACUGCAGGUUUUUAGGCUUCCUGCCGUCUACCCUUACAUGUGCCUGUGUGAGCGCUGCCAUGCAAAGACUGAAGAUGAUGGACAGCGACGUCUCUCCAGAGUCAUUCAUGGAAGCUUUAUCCAACCGUCUGGCUGCUGAUCUGAGCUCCAUCCUGUGCUGCUAUCAGCUGCUGGGAAGUGUCUUGGAGCUCAACCUGCCCUCGUCUCCAGGACGGCGUUGGCAGGUCAGUUCAGGGAUCAGCUACACCCCCACAGACGUCCAGGAUGUCGUACUGACACCGCUUACAGGAAGUCCAGCUGAAACACUCCUCCGUGCUGCGAAAUAA